UAUCAAGUAAAGUUUGUUAUAACCAUACAAAUGUCUGAUAAACUAUUAAUUAAGGAAAAGGAAUUAUAUCAAUUAAAUAAAGCAUUAGAAAUAAAAACGCGUCAUGUUCUGGAGGAAAUCAAAUCUAUUGCAGACCGACGGUUUCAUAAUAACUCGUCUAGACAGAAUAAUGAUCCGCCUAAUACUAUAGAUAGGGAUAAAAAAAAUUCAGAACAUUCACUGAAUACAAAUAAGGUACUACAAAAUAUUACGAUCGAACAAAGUACUGUUCCGUUACAUAAUAUAAUAGAAAGUACAUCAAAUUUAUCCAAACAAAAUUUUGAAAAUCUGCAAAAUCAAAAUGGAGUCAAUAAAAAUAAUGAGACUGUUUUAUAUGAAAGAAAUAAUUCAGAGAGUAAAACUCUCAUUAAUUUUCUCAAAUCUAAAAUAGAUAUGCUACAUAAUGAAUUAAAAGUAAUUCAAGUUGAAUAUAAAAAUAAGGUUAAUGAUUAUGAUAGAUUGGAAAGUGAAAAUAAAAAGCUUGAUUGUUGCAAGUUAAAAUUGCAUAAUCAAGUAACAUCAUUAAAAGAAACAGUUACGAAACUUGAAAAUAAUAAUUCUCUUUUACAUGAACAAAAUUUAGCUUCAAAUACUGAAAAUUUAAAUCUAAGAAAGGAUGUAGAAGGACUAAAAAAAGAAAUCAAAAGUUUAAAUCAUCAAUUAAAUAAUUUUGACUUACGAUUAAACAGAUCUUUAGAAGAGAAUGAAAAAUUAAAAAAUACUAUUAAGUUUAAUCAUCUUGAAGAAAAAGAAUUACGAGAUCAAAUCAGAAAACUUCAAGAAGAUAAAAGACAAGGAAUAAAACAUUUAGAAAAACAACGAUUAGAAUUACUUCAAGCAUUCAAAAAGCAAUCAUUGCUUAUAGAUAAUCUGAAGAAACAAAAUGCAUUUAUGACAGCAGUUGAGCAUAUGCAACUUGUGGAAGAAGAUUUUUCUAAACUUCUAUUGUGGAAACCAAAUAACUUGUAAAACUAUUAAAGUACAAAAUUAGAUUAUUUAAUUUACAUGAAUGAUGUUACUUUGAAGAUUUGUAUCAAAUACUUAAAAGUUGUAACAUUCUCAUUCUAUAUUUUUAAUAAUAUUUAUACAGUACAAUGAAGCCAUAUUAUUAUUGUAAGUAAUUUAUACUUUUUGUAAUCAAAAGACAAAAUAAAAUAUUAUAAUUCCUAUACCAGUUUUAAUUA